UUUUUAUCAUUACAAUCUACAAUAAUUUAGAGCUCCGAUCGAAUACGAAUUAGGCGAAGGAUUGCUGAUGCGCGGUACCAACGAUCUUGGUGCCGAAUGACGAAAGGCAGAAAAAUAAGAGAAGGAAUUGCUACACACUUUUAAUGAUGGCAGAAGCAACACGGCAGUCGGCUUUUAUGCCGACAAUAAAAUGCUCGAACUGCGGGAAUCAGGUAGAGAUUUCAAUGAUGGGAGAUCAUGUUUGUGGUAGCGCACCCGCAGCAACAGAACCGCCUCCUCCUAUGCCAGAUCUACUUGGCGGCGCGCUGUCUACUUUCAAGACAAAUGUCUUCGGCGGAUUCGCCCGCGCUGCACCACCGGCUGUCGAUACUUCAGCAGCGAAUCGCGCAUUCAACAAGUCAGACCAACUAACGCCAGUAAGCGCUUCCACUGGAUCGCAAGCUAUUUCACCAAAGACACCGACGCAUGGACGGCCUGGUGCCGGUCUAGGUGGCGAUGAAUACUUUGCACCAGCAAUAGCAGGUUCACCCAGACGACCAGGCGGAUAUGGAGGAUUCGGAGAUUCAGAAUCGUAUGAAGGCGAUUCUAAUUAUGCCACCAGUCCAAAUAAAUCAACCAAUUUCUUAACAAGGAUGAACAGCAUAGCACCUGGGCCAUUUGAAAUGAAUCGAAGACCUGGGGCAAAUAAUGCGUUCGCGCGAAGUAACAGCAGAGAUAAUGUAACAGAAUCCAAUGACGAUUCAUUGCAAGUUGGAUAUACGAUGGAGCGACCGGGUACUGCGGGCUCAACCUCAUCCAAGAAUAGCGCUAGUCUCGCACCUCCAAGAGCACCGCGAAAGAAUGGAUACGGGGGGUUUGGUCCACCGCAAAGAGAUGGCGAUGAAUUUGAACCACAACCACUUGGGCUUGGAAAGCGAUCUGAGACGUUUCCUGAGAAGCUCUUAAAGACAAAUGACGGGACAUUCGAUGCGCCAACACGCGCACCAUCCGCUCCCGGCCCAAGGCCCGAUCGGUUACGAAGUGCAUCUGGUGCCGAUAGACCGUUAAUGACUAGCGAGCGAACACAGCGACCGUCAUUCGGAAUGGGGGACGCACUACGCCCACCACUACCGCGAGCGGGGCCAGCACGUCCACUAACGCGAGAUGGCGGUAGAAAUGGUUCUCUCAAUCCGACUGACGAGUUUGGUCUUGGUAACCCGUAUCACUCACCCUCUGUAUCGCAAUCUUCUAGUAACUCCGGCUAUACCCACACAUCUCAGCCAAGUCAAGCUAGCUCAAACACAAGCCCAGCGCGAUCAGUAGCAUCCCACUCGGGACCGCGGCGACCUUCGGAUACGUCCGGAUUCGACGCCUUGAUGAAUGAUCUACAAUUUUCAAUGGAUGCUAUGCAAACCAAGGGACAGCCACCUUCACCUGUUGAUCAGUCGUUAACAGGAAAAGGUAUUGAGCCGACGAAUUUCAACAACCGACGUGGUCCUCCGCAAGGUCUUCGAUUAGAUCCAUCCAAUUUAGGAGGACGGGAUCCUAGGUUAGGUUCACCCGUAAAGUCACCACUAAGUCCUGGGCCGUCUCCAGUUCGUAGCGAUCCUGCUGUUCAGACUGGUCUCAAUCAGUCCCCACCAACCCGGCCAUCUCACAACCGUCAACCAUCAAGAUCCCGGGGUAAUUGCAAAGCAUGCAAGAAACUCAUUACGGGCAAAUCUAUUUCUUCAGCAGAUGGUCGAUUAACUGGGCGCUAUCACAAGGCAUGCUUUGUAUGCGCAACAUGCCAGGAGCCCUUCUCGUCCUCUACAUUUUAUGUCUUAAAUGAUAAGCCGUAUUGCGAACAACAUUACCACAAACUCAACGGCAGUCUUUGUGGAAGUUGCAAUAAAGGUAUUGAGGGACAAUACCUUGAGGAUGAGUCCUCGAAGAAAUAUCACCCGGGCUGCUUCCGAUGUGGUGAUUGCGGUAUUGUAUUGCGAGACGGGUAUUUUGAUGUUGAUGGCAAGGCAUACUGUGAGCGUGAUGCUUGGAGAUGGAUGCAAUUCGCAGUACAAGCCCAAAGGCAACAAACACCACCACCUGGCAUGCAGAUGUACCCAGCGCGUCGACCCAGCGCGCAAGGCCCUCCUCCGAGAGGACUACCCUCAGGUCCUGGUCCGAUGAAUCCUAAUAUGAAGGGACCUGGGCCACUUAACCGACCCUUCGGAUUACCCACCGGUAACCGCCUAGCUCCCGGUCAAGCUCUUGGCCGUGGUGGUUUAGGUCCGAUACCGAGAAUGGAGAAGAGAAUGACAAGAUUAGGCAUGAUGUAAUGCAGCAUCUUUAUCUCUACCCCCAACCAUCUUUUAUUAUUUUGCUUUUACGAAGAUACGCCUCCCAUUUGUCACCCGGCUUUCCCUACCACCGCUCACUAUUCCGUUAGCUCCGAUCGUUAUAUAUCAGCAUUGGCGUUUACGGCUCUCUUAUUUUCGGGAAAGCAUUUUGAUUUUUGGUCGCAUAUACCCUUUCAACCUUCGAUUCACUGCCGCUAUUUGUAUAUAUAUACCCCUUGAUGCG